GGGGCGGGACGGCGGGUAACGGGGGAAGGCGCGGCCGCCCCCUCCGGCUCCGGGCAGCCCGAGAUGUUUAACCGGGCCGUCAGCCGCCUCAGCAGGAAGCGUCCGCCGUCAGAGAUAAAUGACAGCGAGGGUCACCCAAGCAGCAGCCACCAGACCUUGAAAGGAACCUCGAAAUGGGCUACAUCACUGGAGAACCUCCUCGAAGAUCCAGAAGGAGUGAAACGAUUUAGGGAAUUUUUAAAAAAAGAAUUUAGUGAAGAAAACGUUUUGUUCUGGCUAGCAUGUGAAGAAUUUAAGAAAACACAGGGAAAAAAACAGAUGCAAGAAAAAGCUAAAGAAAUUUACAUGACUUUCCUGUCCAGUAAAGCCUCCUCCCAAGUCAACGUUGAAGGGCAGUCCCGUUUGAAUGAGACCAUUCUGGAGACACCUCACCCUCUCAUGUUUCAGAAGCUCCAGGACCAGAUAUUCAACCUCAUGAAAUAUGACAGCUACAGCCGCUUCCUAAAGUCAGACAUAUUCCUAAACCAUAAGAAGUCCGAGGAGCAAGAGGAGAAUUCACCAGAGGCUCAGACUGCAGCCAAAAGAGCAUCAAGAAUUUACAACACAUGAUGCAGUGAAUCUCUUCAGGAGAGGCAAUAGAUAACUAAAUUACACUCAGGAACAGUCUAGGUUUAUAGCAGUUGCAUUUAGGGCUUGAAAAGCUCAAAACCUUUUUAGGAGAUACUUACCUUCUUAAUUGCUUGAAUGACUAAUUGUUUUUGCAUGAUAGCUAAUAACCAAACACCCAUGGAAAGACUGUUUCUUAGCUAAGAGGCUGAGGUAUUCCUCCAUAACAUGAAUUGCGUUUCAUAUUUCACAAGUUAAAAGGCUUUCAAUUUUUGUAUUUUCUUUUAUGAGGCACCGUGACGAUGAGAAAUGGGAGAGUGAGUGGUGGUUAUUUUUGCCUUGUAAUUUUUGUUUGUGACCGGCUUUAAAUCCGGAAUUGCUGGGAGAAGCUAUUGAGGAGUGCAUUUCACAUUGCUUUGUGGAUGAGUCAUUCACAGCAAACUUAAUCAUGAAGGGACAGCAUCUUUCAGGGUUAAGUUCAGUAGAAUUCCAUCCCUUCCUGUGUAACUUUUCUUUCCAGGUGAUAUCUGUUUUGCUUUGCCUUUGUUGUUGAAUCAAAACAGUUCUCUAGUCAUUAAUUUUUGUAUUUCUUAAAUUUCCCCCUUUUUUUUGCAGUAGACAAUCACCUUCUUCAGAGGAUGGAGUGACCUGUGUUCCCUUGGGAGCAAAAGCUCUCAGAUAGAGGGAAUCUCUGAAGAAACUUCUAACAGCCAUUAGGAAUACCUCACUCUGGGCACACUGAUUUCAGCAAAGCCCGACCAGGGCAUGUCCUACCUGUAACAUCAGUGUCUGAUGCCAGUAUUGGGAAGCAUCUGGGCUCUCCUAGGUCCUCUGACCAACAAAGUCUGGCUUUGUUUUUACUAAAAUCUUCCUACUUAAAAUCACCUGGCCUGAUUUUGUUUGUCCCAGAGAAGUAUUUCAGGGUUUCCUAAUCGUAGCUUUUGGUAGCUGCAGCGGAACGAGGGGUUGAGGUUGUGGUUUGGCCAUUCUCUCAUCAGGCUUGAGAGGAAGGGGAAUUUAUUUCUGCCCAGAGCAAUCAAAGAUGAAAUGUCAGGGAGGUAAAAGUAGAAGCUCCUGUUGAGCCUUCCAUAUUGCCCAGAGACUGUGUCAGUGCUUUUCAGCACAUUUUGGCAUACCAUUUUUCAUGUAUUUUUGAAUUAAUUCACAGCAGUGUUACUAAACUGCAGUUUAAAUUGGGAAAGCCUAUUAGCUACAUGCUCUAUUUACAAGCUUUGCAGGGUGUAGUCUGGCUGUUUCACAUUCAUUAUUUACUCUCUCUUUUUUUUUGCACUGCUUUUCUUGAACUUUUGUUUAUGUGCUGGCUAGUCUAAAUGCACAGUUAGCUUUUGAUCAUGUUAUAGUUCUUUUUUUUGUUGGAAAGGCCAGAAAUGUUUUAUUCAUUACUGUUGCUAUCAAUGUUUUAAAACUAAGUCUAGAUUGUGUUUUUUGAGGAUGCAAACUCACUUGGUAGACUUGAUUAUUUCUUUUAACUCUGAGCCACUCUUGCAGGUAACAUGUAAAGAAAAUUGUUUUCAUGGGCUCCUCCCUAGUGAGAUGUAAGAGUGGGAAUGGGAGUUCUGAUUCUUCCCCCAGAGCUAAGUGGCCUGCUCAUUUUUAGGAAGUCAAAGUGCCUCCUUAUGCAUGUCUAAGGUGUAAUUCUUAUGCACUGAGUUUAUUUUCCUUUUAUGCUCUCAAAAGGUUUAACGGUGAAGUCACAAUCUUGCUUCAGGCACUUUCGGUGGUAUUUGACCUCAUGCUUACGUGGUAUUUCAAUGUUUCGCUGAAUAGGAAAAAAGUUAACACGUAGGUGAAUCCUUUUGUUGUGAUGGGGACUAGGAAAUGGGACCGUCCCGGUCUGGACUUGCCAACUAUUUGUAAUCUCAGGAUUACCUGUUCUGAAAAUUCACUGUAACAACGAACUUUUAACACCUACCACAGCAGAGGAUGGAACUUCUGAGACCAUUGAAGUCCUUGGGCGUGGGCUGCUUAAGCGCCUUUAGGAGCUGGGAUUUGUCUCUUAGUGACACACAAACAUGCAGGAUGGGGACCUUCAUGGGAGAAAUGCGGGGUGAGCUCUUACCACAUUCAUCACAUGGAUGCACAGUAGAUUCAUUUUUAAUCAUAUUGAUUUUAAGAAUGCACGAGUAAGGGACAAGAGUCUUUGACUAUCACGUUUAAAAAUAAUAAUAAUAAAAAAUAAAACCAGGAGCUGCAUGGACAAUGGUAGGGCAUUAAAAAGAGAAAAUACUCGUUUGUAGCUGCUUGUAAUCAACGUUCCUUGGCAAUACGCUCCCUAUCAGGUACUGUAUCAUUUGCUUGUUCAGAGCACUUGCCCCAUAGGAGUAGACACAAAGGUGCUUUACACUACUACCAACCGAAAAUUACUCAUAUGGAAAUGUGAGUUUUAGCAGCAUCUCAGUGCCUAUGGUGUUUAUUUCAAUACCUACGAUGUUUCUAAGCUAAUAUACCUGAAUCCUCAAAAUUCUUGAUCUUUGAAUUGCUCUUUUGCCUCAGCAGUAAAAAGUUUGCUGCCCCAUUGGCUGUCUUAUUUGUGGUGUCUGGUUUUGGUUUGUUUUUUAGAAGAAAGCCAACAACUAGACUUGCAAAGAGCAGAAAUCAAAGUGUGGGUUUUUUUUUCUUUUCUAUCCAUUAGAUGUAUUUUCCAGUAAAAGAGAAAUCGAGGUAAAGCCGUGCAAGCAGAUGUCUGUAUGUACGUGGAGAAGGUUAUUUUGCUUCUAUCAGUGUUAUCACUGAUCAAAUUUAACUUUGUGAAAUGUGUGACGUUUUCUCUAUGUGGCGUAGAACAAAUGGCACAGGCAGAGACAGAUCAGAGUUUCCCUGUGAGUGAAUCCUGCCUUCCAGGAACCGCUGCAAACCUGGUGUGGGACCUGGGGCUGUGAGUGGGUACUCGGAGUUGCUUUAGGCAGAGGUUAAAGAUAGGGUCUGCUCCUUUUCACAGAACUCACACUGAAGGUAUGAGCACGAAAUAGCAAGCAAGAGAAGUUUCAUGCCUGAUUGCAUGCCUUAAACUCUACCCUGUUGUGUGUUUCUCAGCUAAGAAUUAAAAUAUUCUACAAAUAGACCAAA